GAGAGGCUAAGAAGAUGAUGUAGGGGAUGGAGGGAAAUUUGGGACUUGGGGAAUGGGAGGAAUCCCAUUCCCCAAAUCCCUGAAAAGUUCAUCAGAGAUUGGUUUCCAAUUCCAGUGGUCUCCAAUGGCGUCAAAACCCACCUCCUGUAUUUUCGAAUCCUUGCGAAACAGUCAAACCCUACUGGAAAACGACACUGUAUCCGUGAUUUUCAGUUGUCUUCAUAUGCCUUCUCUCACACCCACUUACCGAAAAUUACCUUUUACAAUUUUAGUUUUUGGUUCCUUACUUUUAGUAUAUUUUGCUUUUUCACUUCACCAUUCUUGGCUUUCACGAGAUGUCUUGACGCAACUUCAAUUAUGGGGCUCUUUCUGUUUUAUCUCUAUAUAUAACUCCUCAUAUUUGCUUGCUCUCCUCCACAUUUGCUUUUGAUUAUUCAUUUGUUUGAUUAUAUGUUGUUUCUGAAUGUGGGAUUGUCAUUCUGUCUUUUCUGAAUUGGGUUUUGUUUUCUGGGUUUAUUACUAAUCACCAAAUGCUUUUCAUUCUAUGAUCUUAUCCCUUCACUGAAUUCAGAUUUGGGUUCUAUUUCACAUUUUUGGUUCUAUGAUGAAGGUUUGUCAGUCUCUGAAAAUGUGGUUGGUUUGGGUGGCCUUAAUGGCAUACCUUCUGUGUCAUUGCGAUGCUCUUAAGGAGUGUACAAACAUUCCUACUCAACUGGGAUCACAUACUUUGAGAUAUGAGCUCUCAUUAUCACAUAAUGAAACGUUGAAGAAAGAGAUGUUUUCUCACUACCACCUCACACCAACUGAUGAUGCUGCUUGGUCCAAUUUGCUAACGAGAAGGUUGUUGAAGGAAGAAAAUGAGUUUAAUUGGGAAAUGAUGUAUAGACAAAUGAAGAAUAAAGAUGGGGUUCAAGUUCCUGGUGGUUUGCUCAAGGAAGUUCCUUUAGGCGACGUACGACUGGAACCAAACUCGUUCCAUGGGAGAGCUCAGGCCACAAAUUUGAAGUAUCUAUUGAUGUUGGAUGUGGACAACUUGCUCUGGAGCUUUAGGCAAACAGCUGGUUUGCCUACGCCUGGUAAACAGUAUCUCGGUUGGGAAAAAUCAGACUGCGAGCUUCGUGGUCAUUUUGUAGGGCAUUACCUAAGUGCAACAGCUCAAAUGUGGGCAAGCACUGGCGACCCUGCUAUUAAAGAGAAGAUGACUGCACUAGUUUCUGGUUUGGCAGCUUGUCAGGACAAAAUGGGUACAGGCUAUCUUUCUGCUUUUCCCUCUGAGUUGUUUGAUCGAUAUGAAGCUAUUAAGCCUGUGUGGGCACCAUAUUACACCAUUCACAAGAUAUUGGCAGGAUUGUUGGAUCAAUAUACUUUAGGUGGUAAUGCUCAAGCCUUGAAAAUGGUAACAAGGAUGGUGGAGUACUUCUACAACCGUGUACAGAAUGUCAUAAAGCUGUACACUGUUGAGAGACACUAUCAGUCUCUUAAUACCGAAACUGGUGGGAUGAAUGAUGUGCUCUACCGGUUGUAUGGUAUAACAGGAAAUACAACGCAUUUACUACUAGCACACCUUUUCGACAAACCGUGCUUUCUAGGCAUUCUUGCAGUUCAGGCCGAAAGCCUUUCGGGUCUCCAUGCCAACACACAUAUCCCGAUUGUUGUCGGAGGUCAACUGCGGUAUGAACUCACUGGUGAUCCACUGUAUAAGGAAAUGUCCACAUUUUUUAUGGACAGUAUUAACUCCUCUCACAGCUAUGCAACAGGAGGGACAUCAGCGCAUGAGUUCUGGACGGAUCCCAAGAGAUUGGCAGAUACUCUAGGAGCGGAGAAUGAAGAAUCGUGUACAACUUACAACAUGCUGAAGGUCUCCCGCAACCUGUUUAGAUGGACCAAGGGAGUAGCAUAUGCUGAUUAUUAUGAGCGGGCUCUUACAAAUGGGGUGCUGAGUAUCCAAAGAGGAACUGACCCUGGGGUAAUGAUUUACAUGCUUCCAUUAGGUAGUGGAAGUUCUAAAGCCAGAAGCCACCAUGGAUGGGGGACCCCAUUUGACACUUUUUGGUGCUGCUAUGGCACAGGAAUUGAAUCAUUCUCCAAGUUGGGCGAUUCCAUCUACUUUGAGGAGGGAGCACAAACUCCUACACUUUAUGUUAUCCAGUAUAUAUCAAGUUCUCUCAAUUGGAAAUCAGGAAAUGUUUUGCUUAAUCAGGUCGUUGAUCCUGUUCAUUCAGAUGAUCCAAACCUCAGGAUGACAAUGAUGUUUUCUCCCAAGGAGCCAGUCCAAUCAUCUACCAUUAAUUUGCGAAUUCCGAGCUGGACAAGUGCGAGUGGCGCACAAGUUUUACUAAAUGGUCAGAGUGUGGGAAAGAUUACUAAUGGCAUUUUCCAACCAGUUACCAACAAAUGGAGCUCAAAGGACAAGUUAAGCAUUGUGCUACCCAUAAACCUAAGAACAGAAGCUAUUGAAGAUGAUCGAACGCAAUUUGCUUCCACCCAAGCAAUACUGUUUGGCCCCUAUCUGCUGGCAGGCUAUAGUGGUGGUGACAGGGAUAUCAAAACUGGAACGACCGGUUCUUUUUCAGACUGGAUAACUCCAGUUCCUUCCUCGUACAAUACUUUUCUUGUUACUUUGUCCCAAAUGUCUGGAAACGCAUCUUUUGCCUUAACAAACUCAAACCAAACAAUAACAAUGGAAAUGUAUCCUGGACAAGGGACCGAUUCGGCUGUCCAUGCCACAUUCAGGCUCGUUUUAAAUGACACGACUGCCAACGUCAAAACGUUGCAAGAUGUUAUUGGCAAACGGGUCAAGCUAGAACCAUUUGAUUUUCCAGGAAUGGUUCUAGCAACUCAAGGACCAGAUCAGAAGCUUGUAAUUGCAGGAUCAAACUCUGUUGGGCUCUCCUCUGAUUUCUUUCUAGUUCAGGGAUUGGAUGGAAAGAAUGGAACCAUAUCCUUGAAGUCAGCAAACAAUGAAGACUGCUUUGUCUACAGUGGAGUGAAUUAUAAAUCUGGUGUACAGCUGAAGCUAAGCUGCAAGCCAAAGUCGUCCUCAGACGUUGCGUUCGAUCUAGCUUCGAGCUUUGUGAUGCAAACUGGAGUAAGUCAGUAUCAUCCUAUUAGCUUUGUUGCAAAAGGACCAACAAGGAACUUUCUCAUGGCACCAUUGAUGAGCUUCAUGGAUGAAACUUACACAGUUUACUUCAACAUUAUUACUUAGCCAUUUAGGUUAGUUGAAAGAUCGAAAUAGCUCACAGAUAUAUCAUUAGCUUCGUAUGUUACUAAUACGUUACUGUUAGUGGCUACGAAUUACAAUAAAGAUUUGUAAGUCAUCCUAUUUGCUUC